AUGGCCCCGAUCUCCGCCGCCCGACGCCGUCACCUUCUUCAUCGAACGUCCGAUGCCCCCGUCAACCUCUGCCUACUCUUCGCCGCUGGCUCCCUCGCCUCCGUCUUCCUUCGUGUCGCGUCGCGUCUGUCAGCCGCCUCACCUUCGUCCGACGCCGGUUGCUUCGCCUCUGUACCCCGCCGCUCGGUUCGCCUCCGUCCGCCGCUGCGUCGCUCGCCUCCGUCUCCGCCGCGUCGACUCGCCUCCUCCGCCGCCGCGUCGAUCGCCUCCGUCUCCGCCGUGUCGACUCGCCUCCUCCGCCGCUGCGUCGUCUCUGCUACAUCUGCUGUCUCGCAUCUGGCCGGAUUUUGUGAAUACGCUACUUCUGAUGACAUAGUUGAUGUCUGGAUGACCAAAAAUAAUUCACCAAACGUAUUUCACCAAGAAAGAAAGCAACCUGAUCAAACUCCUCAGGCUUGCGAAGUAUACCUUCUCAUCAUCAAAGAAAUCAACAAUUUCCUCAAAAUUCUCCAGUAUGCUUGGAGAAACAAUCCAAGGAUACUUGACAAGCAUCUUACUGAUAUCAUUUUCUCUUAUGCCAAUCUGCAAAUGGGUGGAAAUAAAAGAAGAACAUUUCUGACUCGUUCAUUAGGAACCCCAAUAUCUUCCAAGACCUUCACAGUUACCUUUAGACGAGAUUCUAGUGGAAGAGAAAGAAGACGUGGAAAAGAUUCAAUGAGGUACCGGAAAGAGGUGUUAUCAGAACCCAAGAGAUUCAGACCUCCACGCCUUGCUUCAACCUAUUACGCGAAAAAGAAAAAGGGGGGUUCAUGCAAAACAAAAGCAUGCAGGACAUCAUCUGACAAGCACAUUGGAGCCGGAAGAAGAGAGAUAACGAGCCAAGCGAGUGGCGGGGGAGAGAGGAAGUCCUUCGCUCUCCAGGAAAGGGAGAAUACCUUUGUCCCCUUUCUGCUUGGCCAUCUGAUACACUCUGUUUUUAAACUGUACAGGCCCUUGAUCACCGGGCCCUGCGGCGGCGGACCACGAGUUCAAGUCGUCAAGGUCUUGGACGCCGUCGAUCAGCAUCUUCAAAUAGUUGGGGCAGCCAAAGCUAAUGCGAGACGCGUCCUCCCUCGAAACUCCAAGCUGCUCCAGAUACUCUCUGAUGGCUUCUCUCACUUCUUCUAA